UAGUUUAAAUUAAUGUCAACCUGCCUCCACGCCGGGAGAACAUAUCCAGCGCAGAUAGUGAAAGUACAUGUUCAGCGCAACCUGCGAGCCGCUCUACACAAACUAACAUGGCUCGACGGCCGAGAAAUAGUGUUUACAGCAGCGAGGAGGAUGAGGAGGAGACUGAGAUGUAUGAACAUGAUUAUGAUGGGUCAAUGGCCAAGACAGGGAAACGCCACCUUGGCAAAACACGCUGGACACGAGAAGAGGAUGAAAAGUUGAAGAAACUAGUUGAGCUAAAUGGAUCAGAAGACUGGAAACUUAUUGCAAGCUUAUUAACAAAUCGUACAGAUGUGCAGUGCCAGCACAGGUGGCAGAAGGUUCUUAACCCAGAACUCAUUAAAGGACCAUGGACAAAGGAGGAGGACCAGAGGGUGAUCGAGCUUGUCCAGAAAUAUGGAGCCAAGCGCUGGUCAGUGAUCGCCAAGCACCUGAAGGGUCGGAUUGGCAAGCAGUGCCGCGAGCGCUGGCACAACCACCUGAACCCGGAGGUGAAGAAGACAUCCUGGACUGAGGAGGAGGAUCGCAUCAUCUACCAGGCGCAUGAAAAGCUGGGCAACCGCUGGGCUGAGAUCGCUAAGCUGCUUCCUGGCAGGACUGACAACGCUAUAAAGAACCACUGGAACUCCACCAUGAGGCGAAAAGUGGAGCAGGAGGGCUAUCUGCAAAGUGCAUCGAAGAACAGCAACUCCUCACUGUCCAUCAGCCACAGCUACAUCAAGACCAACAACCACAUAAUGGGUUUCCCUCAUCAUUCGCCAAAUCAUGCACAGCUGCCUCCAUCAUCGCCACUCAACUACACAUACAUCACAGAAACACACCGAGUACCGUUCCCGCUGGCUCUGCAGUUGAACUUCAUGAACAUCCCCCAGCAUGGGACCGCUGCCAUACAGAGACACUAUAGUGAUGAGGACCCCGAGAAGGAGCAGAGGGUGAAAGAGAUCGAACUGCUGCUCAUGUCAACAGAAGAUGAGUUGAGAGGCCAGCCUUCACUACCAAUGAAUUUGUCAUUCCCAAGCUGGGUCAGCCAUAGCUCUUUGACUGACAGCUCAGAGGGGAUGGGAAUGUUAUUACCUCAUCACCAGGCUGCCGCUCCCGCUCUGCCUCAUGACCAGAGCUGCCUACCUGAGGAGAGCGCAUCCGCAGCACGGGCCCACAGCAACAACAACCGCAACAAUAACAACAACAACAGCCAUCACAGCAGUCCGACAUUCUCAAAUACUAUCCCAGAGUUCAUGGAGUCUGUCAUUGAUUCAAGCCUCUUCUCAGUGGAUGAGGUUGGUACCAGUGGGCUCUUGGAUAAAAGCGCUCUCAAAAGAGACAGGGUCUUACCCAAAACAGCCCACAGAGUGGGGGAUGGUUUGAUCUGCUCAACUCCUAAGCCUUCACCAAGCAGAAACCUCACCUUUUCACCCUCACAGUUUCUCAACCAGUCAAUGAGUUCAGAGCACUCUGACAGUGACAGUGUACCAAUGAGCUCACCUGUGGACACCAAGCCUCUGAUUGACCAUAGUAUCAGGCACCAAAAGGAGAAUGAAAUGUUCAGAACUCCAAACAUUCGUCGGUCAAUCCUGGAGUCAUCUCCUUGUACACCCACACCUUUCAGGUCAGCACUGGCCCUGCAUGAGACCAAGUAUGGACCCCUCAAACUACUGAACACCCCUUUGGAGCAGCAGAUGGUAGAGUCCAUCAAGCAGGAGCCGAUGGAGUGUGCCAUUGAGCAGCCUCCUCUGAAGAAAAUCAAACAAGAGGUGGAGUCUCCAUGUGAGAGGAGCCCAUGUAUGCAGUGGGAAGGACAAGACCUUCACACACGACUCUUCUCCCCCAGCGGCCCCGCUCAGGAAGUACCUGAUCUCGUCACCAGUUCAUUAUUGAGUGAAGAUGGACACAAAGCUUUCCACCCUCCUCCCAGAGGCAUUGGCAGCCCACUACAGCAGCAGCUGAGUUCCUGGGAGCAGGUGACAUGUGGGAAAACUGAGGAGCACAUUCUGGGCUCUGAGCAGAGCCACAAGUACAUCAACACUUACUCUACAAGGACGCUGGUCAUGUAAGCAGAGACGCAUGUUGAUCCUGAAACAUCAACAGUCUGUGUGCUGGACGCAGCGCAGCGGGAUACUUAUUUGUUGUGGUACAACAGUUGGGAGAGGCUCGAUGCCAUUUGGUGUUUAUACACUCACACUCGUUGGAUUUCAACCAACCAAAGACUAUACUUUUUUAUUUGUUUUAAAAUCUUUUAUAUAGAAUCUGCUUUUGGUUUUUAGAAAUGUGCGUCCUAUCAUUUUUGGUCUUGUUAUUGUAUUAUUAUAAAUGUUUGUAUUAUAAAUGGGAAAUGGUGGCUAUAUAAUUCCAUUGGGCUGUAUUAUUAAUUCUUAAUUUUGAUAUUAAUAUAAUGAACAAGUUGAUUAAUUUAUUUCUUUUGUUUUGAUAAUGUCUUUGUUGUUGAUGGUUUUUACAAUUGGCCAAUGGAGCAGUGUUGUAAGUUAAGUAUUUAAGCCCUGUUAGCAUUAUCAUGAAUCCAAAGGCAUAUUGAUUCAUUCAAAACUGACCUCUGUAUUUCCGUCAUGACACGUUUCCAUUAUUGCUAUUUACUCAUUUUAAAGCUACACUGGGUCAACUGAGAAUUUCAAGUGUUUGGUCCGUGCCACCUCAUGUAAACACUUAACUUCUGAACAAUAAUGUUCUGUUCUUACACCAUAUUUUACUAUGAAUAAUCAUGUUUUACACAACAGAGGGGGCCAGCCUUAUUAGUAUUACUAAAUUACCACAUUGGCACCUAUAUUUCAUAAAAAAGAGUUUCAUUUCAACUUGUAAGCUUUUUUUCUGGAAAUAUUCCAUGAACAAACAUUACAUUUAUAGGAUUUUAAGAAUAUAUGUAUGCAUUUAGAAAGGUUAAAUGAGCUUUUAUGUCUGAAUCAUGAGCAUCACCCAGUAAGAGUAAGACCAAGCUGCACUUGAAUUUUCUAGUCUCCACAAAAAGGGAGAGUACUAAACACUGAUAUUUUAUGUUUUGCUACAAACAAAAGCCCAAUUGAAACUUUUGUAUGUUUGUUUUUUUUAAACAUUUCUAUGAAUAGUUUUGUACUGUUUUGUAAAGCAUACUAAUUCAGCCUUUUUUCUUACUGAGACUGCAGUAGCCCAUGUCAAACACUUAGCAGACAAUCUUUUAUAAUGCCUUGUUUUUAUACUAGCUUUUGAGCAAAAAAUGAUUUUAUAAAAGCAUUUAUACAUGCCAAGUUUUCAUUUUUUUUUACUUUUGUAUACU